AUGAGGAAGGAAAACAAGUCGGGCGGCCUGGCUCCCGUGCCGGGCUACUUCACCUCGCAGAUGCUCACCAUGGAGGAGCUGGUGAGCGCGGACGACAUGCCGUUUUUCGACAUCGUGGAGUACGAUCCUUUGCUGGACAGCUCUUGCUUCCAGCCGUCCGACUGGGCCCGGAUCGCCGUAGACAUCGGCCGCGCCUACCACUGCUACGACGGUUUUGUGGUUUGCAUGGGAACAGACACGAUGGCCUACGCGGCAAGCGCAUUAAGCUUCAUGCUGGAGAACCUCGGGAAGACGGCGUUUUCUAACGCCGGGGAUGCGCCGGUUGGCUAAUUUUCUCGCGUGUGGUAGUUCCGCUUAUAUGGCAAGUUUUGUUCGACAUGUCGAACUCUUCACGUCUUGAGUCAGGAAGAAAGUUCGGUGCUCUUGCCCUAUUUUUAGCGCCUCCCGCACGGCUCAGUUCAUGUGGUGUGCUGGAGAGAAAGCCCCCUCGUGCAGCCGGGUGGGUGUGAUUAAUGUUGCCCUCGACACCGGUUUUCUCCCUCCAACGGCUAAGCACGCUUGCUCCUCUCCCUCUUUUUUAUUGUCUGGGGAAGCCUAUUUGCGUGUCUUGCUUGCUGGCUGUCGUUGCUCGUUUUCCGCCAUCAUCAAUGAAAACGGGGUGACGCGUGUGUGCAACGGGCCGAGCAAACGAGACGCCGAGUGUGGGCUGGGCCGUGUGGUCCGCCUGCCUGCUUCUCUCCCCCGAGAGCACAAUUUCCGUUUUGUUUGGCAGCACACUUUUGCGCGUGGAUGACAUUCUUUCCCCUCGCGGACCGUGUCACCAUUUCCCACCGCUGAGGUGUGAAUAGUGUCGGGCUGGAUUGGGGGAGUAUUUCCUUUUCGGUUGGUUGGUGUUCAUGUGCAAUAUGAAUGUACGUUCGAGGACCUUCGCCGCUCGACUUCCGUCACGGCGUUUGACGUCGUUCGGCCUACCGUAUCACGCCUCCGUUUGUCUGUCUGUCUGUCUGCCUG